UUAGGUAGCAGCUUGUUAAGUAGCUAGCCGGUUGUUUUUUUUAUUUUUUGUGGCCAUAUCGCUUUUAAAAUGUCUGAACGACACAGCAGCGAAGAUAUAGAGACUCUGUUUUCAUUUGAACUUCUAGUUGAAUAUAUCCGAAUCGAGAAAGAAAAGAAAGUUUCCGACGAGCUGGCUCUUGCUGUACGACUACUGGAUUUUCCAACGCUGCUCAUUUAUCAGCCUGAACAGAGGGAUGAUGAAAUGAAGCGUCAAAAAGAAAAAAGAGGGGAAUAUGCCUUUAACAGAGGCAAGUCUUGUGUCUUCAAAAUGAACCUGCACUCACUGCACACCCACCUAUCAAACAGCCCCCUCUAUGCCAUGCUUCUGGAUGUGAAAGAAGAGAUCCCUAAAUUAGUUGGGACCUCCCUCAUCUCUCUGGCUGAAGUGAUGGACAGAAUCAGACAGGAUGUAGCUGAGCGUGGUGUUUCUACUCCCUCUUCACACGGAGAAAAGGGGCUUGUUGGCAUGUGCAACUUCACAGGGGAGAAAAUAGGAUCAAUGUCACUGAGUUAUAAACUGUUAAGUCUGGGAGCUAGUUUGCUGCCACACAUCACAGAAAGGAGGAGGCUUAAAGGCACCACAGUACACAGAGGACAACAUGUAAAAGAAAGCAUCAAGGACAGUGAUUUAACUACACAAGCAUUACCUUCAGACUGUGAGAAAGUCAAGGCUUCAACACCGGACCAGUCUGAUGUUAGUAACAGAUCAUCGAUGAAUGAGGGUAAGCAGGAUGUUCAUGUUGCCACCCAGACUGAACCUAAACCAAGAAGCCAAAUGCCUCAAACUCUCCAAGACACUGAAAAUUGUUUUGAUGAGGAUUUAACUGUAUUCUGCCCUCCGCAUCUUUACUACACUAAUUCUGGUGAAGAAAAAAGAAAAAAUGAGGGAAGUGGUUACAGAUUAUUGACACAAGACUCAGAGGUUUGCACAUUUGAGGACACACUGUCAGAGGAAGAGAGUUUUCCGGUGACAGACCCGAGAGCGAGGCACAAGACAAAAAUGUCAAACGACCAAGAACAAACAAGUGUGGUGACUCCACACGGCCUCGGGGAAGCCUUGCGACAGUUGCCUCUACUAAACGCUCUCCUUGUCGAGUUGUCACACUUGAAUGGACAGAGCCCGCAUCAGCCCUUGUCUAUUCAUCCCAAUUUAGCGUUUAUUUAUAGGCCUGAUUCCACAGAGCCUCCAGCCGGGCAGGGAAACACACCACGAAAGGCGCACACCAAAUCCUCACAGAGAAUCAGACAGGGGGCAAAUUUGAAACAUCUACAUUCCCCGAGAAACUGUUCCACACCAAUUUUUAGGCCUGCGUGUGAAGAACAGCUGAAAAGCAAACAUACAGAGGCUUUUAUUGAGUCCAAUAGAAAAAAGCUAGUAUAUGGAACAACUAAAACAUUUAAUCUGAGGCUCAAGCAGAUUUCUACAGCUGCUGUAAAACGUCGUGAGUGCAUGGAGCUAACACAGAAUGAAACAAAGUCAAAUACGACCAGAAAGACACAAUGUAGUCAUAAGAUCAUGAAGUCAAGCAAAAGAAAAUCAGCAUUAAAUCAAAGCUCCAGUGUUGAUGAAAAUAUCCAGACAGCCGUACAAAGCAUCACAGCAGACUCAGUGCAACAAGAUACAGUCACACUAAAACAGAAAAACAUACAUGCAAAUAAAGUUCACGGUAAACAAGAGAAAGAAUCUCUGCAAAUGUCUGUAAGGCCUUCCUGUUCUGUAGGAGAUGAAAAGUCUAUUGACAUCCCCCGAGUGGAGAGUGACAGUGUUGCCAAAAACAAAGACAACACCGAGCAUCACAGUGAAUCUGAUCAAUCACAGUCUGAGUCUGACAGGCACAGGGUGAAAAUUGAAUCUUCAGCGAGCAGCAGACACAGCAGCCCAAAAUCUUUAUUCUCAGACUCCAGCGGGGAAGGAAGUGAUGAAGCGGAGUAUGCUGAUGACUUCACCAGUCUGGAGCCCAGUGAUUACUCUCCUGAACCCACCAGCAGUCCCGAGCCCGCCCGAGCCAGGGCUCCAAAGUCUCCCAUUCGAUUCGACUCACGCUAUUCUGACUCUGGCUCUGAAUCCGUCCAGAGGAGAGCGGUCCUCCCUGUGCCAGUCAAAGCAUGCGGCUCUCCGCAGCGGGCUCUGAGGGGUACGCACAUCAUACGACCUCGAACCCAGGCCUCGGCUCUCAGCUUUUCCUCUGAUGAAGGCGACAGAGACGAGUCAGCUUCCGUACGAACGGUGCGCUCUGGAAAACAUACGACAGAGAGCAGCAAGGCAGAAAGGAGCUCUGUAGCAGAGAGUGUCAGAUCAUCCAGAGGUCAAAGGAGCCAGUCGACCAGGAACAGCUGCCCAGUUCGAGGAUUUUCAGCAGAAUCUGUGUCCUCCUAUGAACCACAGGAGGCAGAGGAACUGGAGGAUGAGCUUGGAUCUCUGGAUUUUAGAAAAGAGUAUCGGCACAUCUCUGAGCUAGUGGCCAACAAGCUCCCUGGUUACACCAUGUGA